AUGGGAAAAGCCGCGCGACGGUCAGUUGCGUCAGAUCCGUCGUCGCCGACCUUACUCUAUCAGCAACCUCACCAUCAACAGCAGCCACAGCAGCAGUCAGAGCCACUUGUCCAUCACCGGCAAGUGCCCUACUAUCAUCCGUCGCCCUCCCUGCCCUACUCGUCGCCAGCCUGGUCGCCCUUUGCGUCUACGCCGGAGGAGACCUUCUCGGCGUCGUCGUCGUCGUCGAGCGCCGAUCCUGGUCGCGACUCGGUGACCGCAGCCUUCGCAUCGUCCUUCACUCCCGCAGUCACAGGGCCCCAGCUACAGGCGCCACGAACCGCAACACUCCAGUCGGCUCCUGCGGCCUCCUCGCUAGCCCCCGCUAGCAGUCACCGGGACGCCCCGGAGGCCGGUUCGGGUGCGAGCGAACUGUUCCGCAUCCACUCUUCCACCGCGGCCACACCAACCACCAACAACAACAACUUCACACCGGAGUUCAGUGAGGCCAGUGAAGCCCCGGCCGUCACUGGGCCCUCCUUGGCCCCUGAAGCCACCCUGUUACCGUCGUUUCGUCUCUCCAGCAACCAAACGCAGGUCGAGCGGGAACGCGAGCGGCUCAGGAUGGAGUUCUACGCCACGUACGACGUGAUGACCGGCGUCCGGAUAGCGGCCACGCUCGGCGGUUUCUUCGGCCUAAUGGUGUUCCUCGUCAUCUACAAGAGCCGCACACGGUCGACGGCCAAAGCACUGAAGGACCCCACGAUAGCGGCCGUCGCCGCGGCGGUAAUAGAGGAGGAAGAGGAGCGCGAGCUGCAGGAGGCGAUCGAGGCGACGGCGUUCUCGUUGCUCCAGGAGGAGCUGAACAUCAACUACCCGGGGCUGCAGCGCGAUCGGCUGAUGUCGCUCGGGAACGUGAGUGCGCCGCCGAUGCUGAGCCGCGGCCGGCGCAUGUCCUCGAUCAGCGGCGGCUACAGCAGUCUGCUCAACCCGUCGCGCCGCUUCUCGUACAGCAGCACGCGCGGCCACCGGAACAGCGUGUCGGUGUCGUCGCGCGUCCUCAGUGCCUACAACAUGGGUGGCAGUUUCGGGCAGGACGACUACGUGCUCGAGUCGGACGGCGAGGAGGCGGACGACGAGUUCGACCAGUUCACCACGACGGCCGAGAUCGGCUACCCGAGCAACUACCUGUCCGUGCCGAGCAAGUGCAACGAGUCUCGGCGCAGCAGCGCCAUGACGUGCUGCAGCACCGAGAGUUCGUUCCUCGAGCGGCGGUGCUCGGCCAUAACGCUGGGCCUUUCUUCGUUACCACCGAUCUCGCGGUCCCCGUCGAGGCAGCAGAGCCGCGACGACACUGCCGACUGGGAACCGUUCUACCCGGGGAUCAACAUUAUCGAGCCGACGCCCAAAUCGUCGCCUUGUCCGAGCGAACGGAUUACCCACCGUGGCGCGGCGCUUGACUUCGAACGGCCGUCGACCUCGCGGGCAGGUCGCAGCCGGACGGAGCCACUGCCGUCGACUUCCGGCGGGCUCCGGACGACGUCCGGCGCCCUGUCGUACGAUGACAGCUCCAUCGACUGCAUCUCGGAGUACCCGGUCGGGGCCGGCUUCGGCCAGUGGCCGGCGCAACCGGCCUGCGUUACGUUACAUCCCGGGCGGCUCGUUGACCCGAGCAUAGCGGGCACGGCGGGGCGCCAAAUGUGGCCCACCGGUGCGCCCGGGGACCCUAGCAAUAGUGCGCUUAUCAGUAGCAUUAGCACCAACACCACCACCACCGUUCAGCCGGGCAGCUGCAGCAGCGCCGUCGUCGUCGUGCGCCGGGCACCCCUGGCGUCGCUCAGCUCGUUCCGGAUGUCGUCGGCCGACUGCCAGGACACGGAACCGAAAAGCUGCGGCUCGGACUCGGUGUUCGGCGAGGACAGUGGGGCCGACACCGACGAGGACCUGCAGCAGUUCAGCACCGACAGCGACGAGCUGAGCCUCACGAUGCCGUACGAGGAAGAGGAGGGCUACGCGGAGGACGCCAGGGGGCGAAGUUUGGCCCUCUACCGGCGACAGUCCACACUGGCGCAGUGCGAAGACGACGACGACGAGGAAUACGCCAUCGGUACGACGGUGGCGAUGGUACCGACGGGCCGUGACGCGCCGUCCGCGACGUACGAAGUCGAACAGGACGAGCGACGGCGGCGGCCACCGCCACCGCAGCGACAGCCAACCACUGACACUAGCUAUUUAAGUAGUCUUUCAAUUAGCAAUCGCUCCGACAGCGUGGGGAACCGAAUCGAAACGAAAGCAAUCAUCGAAAGACAGCAUCCAAAUGACAGCAGCCAGCAGCAGCGACAAUCACCGCUCGGUGCCAUUCCCAAAACGUCGUCCCCGGCGACGGCGGCCCGCCGAGGGCCUCCGAUCGUGGCCGUUCACGCCCCGCCUGAAGCCGACCCCCGGACAGGCGCCUCGAGUAGUGCCGGGCGGACGCGUAACAGCAUUGGCUCGGUUCGGGCCGAGCUGGAGCAGAAAUCGAGCAGCGAACGGGUGACGGAUUCGAGCUCCGCGUCCACCGCUCGCCAGCGGAACGUGGAGGUGAACGUGAUCGUGAAGGGGAGUGGAAGUGGCAGCGGUGGUGGCGGUGGCAGUGGCGCCCCCAAAAGUCCCUCUGUGAUUCUCGAGCUACCGAUACUGGCGAUCGACGACGAGGACGACCCAUCGUCGGGCGCCACACCGGCCAACGAUCCCUGCAUACCGGGCCCGUCCCGGAAGUGGUCCAAGGAGACCCUGUUCUAG